CAGACAGGCAGGCUGCUUUACAAAUUCAAAUUACACCGUUGACCAAGUCUCUACAGGAGGGAGUGUUUUUGGUGAGCAGGGAGGGUGUGGCUGGCAGUGGAAAGCCUACCAGUUUGCUCAUUUUGCUUGCAGGGAACUACAACGAGCAGAUUGUUUCUGUCUUUGGGAUCUCUUGCUUGUCAACAUGUCCAGGUCAGAAUACCCUCCAGGGUACCACGACUCCUACGGCCCGAUGUAUGCACCUCAGGGCGGGAAUUACCCACAACCCCCUGGGUAUGGCUUCAGUGGUCCUCAGCCAGGCCAGCCAUCUGCUCCCUACCCCACUGGUCCAAACGCCCCACUGUACUCGGGUCAGCCAGGGGGUUACCCUCCAGGACCAUACCCAGGACAGCCUCACCACGGUGGGCCUCCAGGAGCCGGCUACCCUAACCACCCUCCCAUGCCCCCUGUCAUCCCACCUACCAUACCAUCAGAUGUGCUGAGCUCUGGUGACGAGUUUGCGGCACACGGCAGCGGUUGGGACAGUCUGAGCAUCCGGCACGCCUUCAUCAGGAAGGUGUAUUUGAUUCUGGCAUCUCAGCUGCUCGUCACCACAGCUAUUGUGGCCGUGUUCACGUUUGUCCACCCUGUAAGAGAAUUCGUACAGCGAAACCAAGCUGUGUACUGGGCAUCAUAUGCUGUGUAUAUCAUCACCCACCUUGUGCUGGUCUGCUGCAAGGGCCCCCGGAGGAAGUUCCCAUGGAAUGUCAUUCUGCUGCUCGUCUUUACUCUGGCUUUGUCCUACAUGACUGGAUCCAUAUCCAGUUACUACAGCACAAAAGCAGUGUUUCUUGCUCUGGGUAUCACUGCUGUUGUCUGCAUCGCUGUCACCGUCUUCUGCUUCCAGACAAAGGUUGACUUCACCAAGUGCCAGGGCCUGUUCUGUGUCCUCGGCAUUGUGAUAUUUGUCACCGGCAUCAUUACAACCAUUGUGCUGUCUUUCAAAUAUAUCCCGUGGCUUCACAUGCUGUAUGCUUCUAUGGGAGCCAUCGCCUUCACUCUGUUUUUAGCAUACCACACACAGCUGCUGAUAGGGAACAGGAAGCACUCCAUCAGCCCAGAAGAAUACGUGUUCGCAGCGCUCUCCAUCUACGUUGACAUUGUCCAGAUCUUCCUUUUCCUGCUCCAAAUCAUCGGCGCCUCUACCAAAUAGAUCCGUAGGGGUGCAGAAGGACGCCCUACUGCAAAACCAUUCCAUGCUCUGUAAUACCUUUGCUUUGUUUUCAGAAUCAGAAUACAUUUAUAAAUCAGGUCACACUCCAGGGAGAAUUACUAAAGGGCUGAAUUUAGGGUUUUGUGUAAGUUAUUUCUAUGCACAAAAAAUGCACUUUCUCUAAAAUAGUUCUGCAACUUACCAGUGGUUAACAAAAGUACUAAUAUUGUAAUAUAAAAUAAUACAGAGUAUCUAUAGACACUGGAAUAGUUGGAACAUUUAGUCAGUUGCUGGACUUAAAGGGAACCUUUGGUAUAUUACAACCACGACCAUGUUUCCCUCUUUUCGCUUGAUCCGGUCUGUUUCUUGUGUCUGUUCAAGUCUCGCUCAGGGUGUGAAGUAUUGUUCUGAAAUAUCGCGAGAGUUGAGUUGAUGUCAAAAUCAGCUAAAUAUUCAACCGUUACUUUGAAAAUCCUUCACAUAACACUAAGAUACGGGCACUCUGUCUCCAAAUCUUGUGAGAUUUCAGAAGCUUUUCAGCAACUUCUCACUGAGCGAGACUUGGUUAAACACAACAACAGACAGACUGGAUCAAGUAAAAAGUAAUUUUUUUUUCAUGAUGGUGUCAGACAUAUUAGUAUAUGUACACUGACAUGGCGCUAUUGCCCCAUUAGAUUUCAAUACAUCCUGUGUGGUGGUUGCCUUCUGAAGCACUUACUAAAUACUGGCCCAGUUUCAAAAAUUGUUGUCCCCAUUAGUCACUUAGAAACAAAAAAAAAAAGGAAAAUAGGGGUCCAGGUUGAAAAAUACCAAAGUUUCCCUUUAAGGCAGGCAGUGUCUGUAUAUUUUCUAUCUGCAUGUAGAUGUGGUGCUAUACAUGAACUGUCGGUAUAAAGUGGGAGAAAAUGAGCAAACAUGUUCAAACUCCACAACUCAGUGCGCCUGAUGAUAACCUCAGAUCUGCUUCUCUGCUUUGGGUUCAUGUUAACAACCCUUUGCUGAUGGUCUUUAAUACAUGUGUUGCUCUAAUAGACUGUAUAUUGCUCUGUUGUAGCUAUUUACAUACAUCACGAGUGCCUUUAGUA